ACACCAAUUCAGGGCUCGCCUGUGGUUGACAGCGCGUGGUUCACGCUGGACCCUCCUUCCCGUCUCCUCCUCUUUCCCUUCUCUCUCUCUGUCUCUCUCUCUCUCUCGCUUUCUCUCUCUUUUCCUUCUUUCCUCUACUCCGCUCAUUCACGAGGGCUCGCUCACCAACUCUACACGAAACAGGGAUGCAGCGAGCGCAAGGCGCAGCCUGAAAAAUGGCACGAGUCUUCCCUUGGAUCUAUCCAUCCCUUUUUAUUUUCUCCCCCUUUCUUUUUCACGCGUUUGCGCCAUGUAAAGGCUUACGGAAUUACCCGGAGAAUGAAGUGACGUUGUUGGACUCCAUGUCUGCUCUGGGAGACCUGGGCUGGGAGGCAUACCCUGCAGAGGGGUGGGAAGAGAUCAGCGUGAUGGAUGAGAGGAACACUCCCAUGCGUACCUACCAAGUGUGUAACGUGAUGGAGGCCAGUCAGAAUAACUGGCUGAGGACGCGACACAUCGCCCGCGACGGAGCCCAGCGUGUCUACAUCGAGAUCAAGUUCACCCUCCGAGACUGUAACAGCCUGCCUGGAGUACCUGGCACCUGCAAAGAGACUUUCAACAUGUUCUACUAUGAGUCUAACAACGCCAACUUGUGGUUCAUCAAGGAGAGUCAGUACAUCAAGAUAGACACCAUCGCUGCUGAUGAGAGCUUCACACAGGUGGAUGUGGGAGAUCGUGUGAUGAAGCUCAACACAGAGGUCCGUGACAUCAGCAACGUGAGUAAGAAGGGGUUCUACCUGGCCUUUCAGGACCUGGGGGCCUGCAUCGCUCUGGUCUCUGUCAGGAUCUUCUACAAGAAGUGUCCCCUCACCGUGCUCAACCUGGCCCAGUUCCCCGACACCGUCACGGGGGGCGACUCAGCCUUGGUGGAAGUGCGAGGGGUGUGUGUGAACGCCUCCCAGGAGUUUGAGACUCCCAGGAUGUACUGUAGCGCAGACGGGAGCUGGCUGGUGCCCAUCGGGAGGUGUGUGUGCGAGCCAGGGUACGAGGAGCAUAAGGAUGGCUGCCAACCGUGCAGACCAGGCUCCUACAAGGCCUCAGCGACCGACGCCUACUGCACAAAAUGCCCGUCACAUAGCUCCUCCCACCUAGAGAGAGCCUCUGAGUGUGUGUGUGAGAAAGGCUUCCACCGCGCAGAGACGGACCCACGCUCCAUGGCUUGCACACGUCCCUGUUCUGCUCCAGAGAACCCCAUCUCCACUGUCAACGAGACGUGUGUCACACUAGAAUGGAGUCCCCCUCUUGACAUGGGAGGCCGAGGUGACAUCACCUACAGCCUCCACUGCAGGAAGUGCUCCGGCGACGGCAGGAAGUGCACGCCCUGCGGUAGCAGCGUCCAUUUUGUGCCGAGGCAGUUUGGUCUCUCUGUGGCUAUGGUGAUGGUCACUGACCUGCAGCCACACAGCAAUUACAGCUUCACCAUUGAGAGCCUGAAUGGAGUUUCUGACCUGAGUCCUACACCCAGAGGAGCUGUGAUAGUUAAUGUCACCACCAGCCAGACAGUGAGUGUGGUCCUGAAGGAGAGGAGGAGUAAGGACAGUAUCACUCUGGCGUGGCAGGGCCCUGACAGACCCAAUGGAGCCAUAGUGGAGUAUGAAGUCAUUUAUUAUGAGAAGAACCAGAGAGAGCAGAACUACACAGUCCUAAAGACCAGGUCCAAUGUGAUGACUGUAGACGGUCUAAAGCCUGGUACUACAUAUGUGUUCCGUGUCCGAGCUAGAACCGACGGGGGAUACGGCAACUACGGAGGAGAGAUAGAACUGGAGACCAGCCACGAAGACAUGUUGGCCAUAGGAGACCCUAACCAGUCUACUAUCCUGGCUGUGUCCAUCACUGGAGGCAUCGUACUGCUCAUCUUCCUGGUGGCCUGCUUUGUUGUCAGUGGCAGCCAGCACUUUCAGCCAGAGGAUUUCGAAACGGAACUGAAGUCUCAACUGAUGGGGUUGCCAUGUCGUCAAACAUUGAAAAGUGUUGCUAUUCCAUCGAUUUUCCCCUUCACUUCAAAGAGGAAGUCAUCCGAUCAGCUAACAUCAGAGCAGCAAGCUGUGACUAAUCAUGCUGCUGACGACGAUAACCUGGACACCAGCUUUACUAAUACAGAGCCUGUAGACCCAUUGGAUGAAAGCUUUCAGCCUGGAAUAUGCUCAAGCAAAACAUCAUCUUACUUUGACACAAGCCAGGACAACCAAAGACACUGUGGAUACAUCAAAGCCAAGCAGGACCCUGACGAAGAGAAGCUGCAGUUUCAACAUGGAAGAGUCAAACUUCCUGGCAGUAAGAUAUAUAUCCAUCCACACACCUAUGAGGAUCCUAACCAGGCAGUCAGAGACUUUGCCAAAGAGAUUGAUGCUUCCUGCAUCAGCAUAGAGAGAGUCAUCGGAGCGGGUGAGUUUGGGGAGGUGUGUAGUGGUUGUCUACGACUCCAGGGGAAGAGAGAGAUCUACGUGGCCAUAAAGAGUCUGAAGGCAGGAUACGCUGACAAACAGAGGCGGGACUUCCUCUCUGAGGCCAGCAUCAUGGGACAGUUCGACCACCCAAACAUCAUCAGACUGGAGGGUGUGGUCACACGAUGUAAGCCAGUGAUGAUCAUCACAGAAUUUAUGGAGAAUGGAUCCCUGGAUACCUUCCUGAAGAAACAAGACGGUCAGUUCACAGUGAUCCAGCUGGUGGGCAUGCUGCGUGGCAUCGCGUCGGGCAUGAAGUACCUGUCUGACAUGAGCUACGUUCACCGAGACCUGGCCGCCCGCAACAUCCUGGUCAACAGCAACCUGGUGUGUAAGGUGUCUGACUUCGGCCUGUCACGAGUACUGGAGGACGACCCUGAGGCAGCAUACACCACACAGGGAGGGAAGAUCCCCAUCCGAUGGACGUCUCCAGAGGCUAUUGCCUACAGGAAGUUCACGUCAGCCAGUGAUGUGUGGAGCUACGGCAUCGUCAUGUGGGAAGUGGUCUCAUACGGAGAGAGACCCUACUGGGAGAUGUCCAACCAGGAUGUGAUCAAAGCGAUAGAUGAGGGUUACCGUCUUCCGGCCCCUAUGGACUGUCCUGUGGUCCUCCACCAGCUGAUGUUGGACUGUUGGGAGAAGGGCCGCAGCGAACGGCCUAAGUUUGGCCAGAUCGUCACCACCCUGGAUAAGCUGAUCAGAGACCCAGCCAGCCUCCGAGAGCUGGCCAACAGCUCAUUAUGCAGGGAAGACCCGACCACUCCAGAGUUAAGUGUGAGUACGAUGGAGGAGUGGCUGGAUGCCAUCAAGAUGGGACAGUACAAGGGGAACUUCACCAGAGCUGGAUAUGUCACCCUGGACUCUGUCCUCUACAUCAGCAUCAGUGAGCUCGUUAAGAUGGAUGUGACCUUGGCGGGUCACCAGAAGAAGAUCCUCUCCAGUGUCCAGAUCCUUCAGUCCCAGGGGACCCACGUCCAAGUAUAACAGUUUCCCUAUAGAGACACACUGGGAGGAAGGCCAAAAUGGAUGCUCUUCUCUGAGUUUACCCAUUGAGACACACUCAGAUUGAGCCGACAUGGACAUUCUGGGUUGGGUUUCCCCAUACAAAGACACUGAGAUGGAGCCGUAAUUUACGCUUAGCUCCUUUAUUUCCUCUUUGUAGUUUCACCAUUCCACCCAUCCUGGAUGUUUUGAUAGCGUAGGCACUUCCAGCUUCCGUCCACGCCUUCAGAGGCCUAGCAACCCAGCAACCUAAGAUACCUGACUACAACCAAGACAUCUUAGUCCAUAUCAACAACAACAAUAACAAAACUAAAAAAUAGCAAAAAAAGAAAAUUUGAUUGUAUUUCUCAUCAUUGUCUGUGAAGUUUCGUGUACAGUUGUUUUUAUGGUUGUUUCUUUUUUCGUUUUUUGAUUAGCUUUGUUUAUUUUCCACAUAGUUUACAUGACCAAUAUUGUACAUGUAUAGAUAAGCGUUUACAAGAGGUGUGUGUCAGUCCGCCAGUCUAGAAAGUAAAGUUGUUAUCGCCAGGCAACGCAGGUGGGCUGUUCCUUGCUGGUGCAUGUGUUGUCAGGCCCCUCCUCUUUCUCUAAGCCCCUCCCCACAACGCUAUUGGACCAAUCAUGAUGUGUGUGGGAGAUUGGAGAAAUAGAAAUAUGUGAAAAUAUGAGAUGGAGACGUCUAUUCAUGGUCUCAGAAGACUUCCGUUGCGUUUUGCCAGGGAUAGGUACAUGCAGGUCUUCCAUAGCCACGACUUCCAGACUCACACAGUUCACUUGAAUGAGAUGCCCUGCCAGAUUUUAUUUAGUACGGCCUACAGCAGCUACCUAUAGGUUGCAGUUAGUCAGAAACCUGCAGUACAAUACAGUGUUAGUACAUUUUCUGCUAAGAGUUGGCCUCCUCAGUUGGAGAAGCUUACUGUAAAGGUUUGUGACAGAAGAAGAGCAAAGUAGAUAAUCUGUGAAGUUCACACUGUUUGCAAUGUAUAUCUGUUUCUCAGAUGUUGUUCCAUGUAUAGUUAGUAUUGCUCUGAAAUGUCAGACAAGCAGGAUUGGUUGUGAGGUAGACUUGACUUGAGUGUGGUGAGUGGUGGUUUUUGCCUCAUUUCACCCCUGAUUAAUAUGGGUUCAGUCACAGUUUGUACUAACCACCUCUGUUCAGUGACUAAUAUGGGUUCAAUCACAGUUUGUGCUAACCACCUCUGUUCAGUGAUUAAUAUGGGUUCAGUCACAGUUUGUGCUAACCAUCUCUGUUCAGUGAUUAAUAUGGGUUCAAUCAUAGUUUGUGCUAACCAUCUCGUUUCAGUGAUUAAUAUUGAUUCAGUGACAGUUUGUGCUAACCAUCUCUGUUCAGUGAUUAAUAUGGGUUCAGUCAUAGUUUGUGCUAACCAUCUCUGUUCAAUGAUUAAUAUGGGUUCAAUCAUAGUUUGUGCUAACCAUCUCUGUUCAGUGAUUAAUAUUGGUUCAGUGACAGUUUGUGCUAACCACCUCUGUUCAGUGAUGCCAACUGCUUCCAAAUCUGAGUCAAGGCCUGCUAACAUAAUUUCCUGGAUAAGUAAAAAACAUCAGUGUUCUGUACUCAACAGAACAACAUUUACUGCAUAUCAAAACCAACAUCCCCCUUGCUUUGGGGAGGGAAGAGUGGCGUUAUCCUUGAAAACCUAGUUAGCGGUUUAGUUUGAAAAUGGCCAUCAUUGUGCACUGUACCCCUGUAUGUAUCUGUUCAUGAUAACAGUGUUAUUCUGCUACCUGACUGGACUACAAACACAGCAACAUACAGUAAAUACAAAUGUACCAUAGUGUAAAAUAUGUACAGUGUUGAUUUGAAACUCUAAAAUGUUUGUCACAAUAAUGGUGAGGAUGAUGAUUACGUUGAUAACGAUGGUGAUUAUAUACUUUUAUUCUGAAGGAGGAUCAUAGGAGAUGAGGCAGCGUGUGAUUCGUUGACCUGAUCUGUGGAAUGUACAUUGCGUAGCAUGAGUAUUAAGGUUCGGCCUCUGAUUGACAGGUGACAGUGACUGCAGUUUUCCCUCGGGCGGACGACCUGAGGAUGAUGAACUUUUAGAUGCCUUAUUUACUGUGAUACCUUUCUUUUCUGUCCCCCCCCACUCCCUAUAGAGGCGGAGUUAUGAGUACGUCUGUAUACAGUAUUCAUCUGUUUCCCCGAGGUGACGUCACAGAAAAGAUCUGGUUUUAUAACUGAAAACACCCCGGCUUUUAGCACCUCUGUUAUUAUUCCUAAACUCUAUACUGCUGCUGUCUCACUGGGAACACACUGGUUGAAUCCACAUUGUUUCCAAUGGAAUUACGUUGAACCAAUGUGGAAUAGACGUUGAAUUGGGGUAGGGUAGGUCUACCACCUGUUUAUUGGAUACUGUAAUGAAAAGUACAUUAGAGAAUAAAUUGUUCUGUUUUGGUUCAAUAAUUAUACUUGUGGGUUUACCUGUGUAAGCUAGGUGGUGAAUUUACAGCAGAGAACCUUUAUAUCCAGAAGAUAUUUCAAGUGGUUCCAAUGUCUCCCACACAGACACAAACACACAACAUGAUGGAGAUGAGAAAAUCAAACAACUAAAUUAACCUUUGUCUUUCCCGGAGUGGUCUCAUAUAAUGAUGUAAAUUGUUCAACAAAGAACAGCAGCAUUUUUCCUCCUUACGUUCAGAUUUAGAACAGCAAAAAUAUGUGGUUGGCUGAUGAAGGUUUUACCAGUCUGUCAGUACUCAUAACUUUGGUACUUUACACAUUUUGACAUUGUCCUCCUUUGGUAAGCUUUCCCAUCACUUCCCAACCAGAGGUCAUAAAAUUGGACCCAUAACCCCUAACCCCUGAUUCUCAGCCAGGCUCUGAACCCUUUCACUUGGAGUUGUCCCUAGACACUGUUCCCAUGUCAGUUUUGUGUUUCCCCUCUAACAGUGAAAGUUAGGAUAUGGGAAUAGUAAGCUGAUCCUAGAUCUGUGCUGGGAGAAACUUCUACCCCAAGCUAGGCCGGUUUUAUAAAUGUUCCCAAACUGAUUACUUGUGAGAUUGUUCUCUCUCGCUCUCCCUGGUCUCUCUUCCUUCCUGACCUUUGUCACAUCAUGUUUCAUCAUGGCAGAUUUAUAUACGCUUGUUCAGUGUACGCAUUCUAAAGUCCUUCAUGUCGCUGUAAUAAAUAGGCUAAUAUUUCUUA